GUUCAAUAAUCCUGGAGACAUUCCAACUUGAUGGGGAUUUUUCUCUAAUGUAUGAAGAUAAAGAUUUUGGCAAUGAAUAUUUCACUCUGACCUCAACAGCAGAUAUAAAUGACAAGAGCACAAUCAAAAUCGUCCAAGUAGAGUCCACAGUCACCCUUACCUUCAGCCCUAUAGCUGAAUCUGACUUGGUGAUGAGCUCUACUCCAAGAUCAUCACAUCAAAAUUCAGAGGCACAAUGCAGUGCAGAUAAUAGCUUGGCCAGUAGCUCAAGAGACAGUGAUCCUUCCGGAUUCUUGCCGAUUGGAUCCUUGGCCUCUACACUUUGAGAUACCCAAGUUUUCACGUGAUGUGGAGUUGAUUCUGCAAGAGGCAAACAAACAGUACCAUAUGAAUGGUACAUCAUUCGAUGACGCAAGGGUGAAGGCAGCUAUUAGGCAGACUUUAUCUGAUUCAAUCUUCCAAUAUACAGCUUAUCCCACGGAUCACCACAUACUACAAGUUGUUGAAGCGCUUGUGGGGAAGUUUCCAUGUCUCAAGGAGCCUGGGUCCUUCUCAGGGAUGUAUGGCUGGCAGCAAAGUUUAAAAACGAGGAUGAGCAACUUCCGACGCAUGCUGAAAAGCCGAAACAUAUCCUGCCCUGAGAUUGAGGUGAAUUUUUUAAAAAGGAAGGAUUCGAGCAACCAGGCCCCGGCAAAAAACAUAAAAAGACCAAAAAGGGCAGAAGUUAACUAUCUUCCUCCCUUUCCUGUGGGAGAAACAAAGGAGGGUUUGGAGAAAGAGAGACUUGAUUUGCUUUAUGAGGUAAAGAAGAAACACAACGAAAGAACAAUCACAGCCAAAAUGGCCAAAACAUUUGCAAUUCGAAGACUUGAAGUGGUGCAUGAUGGUCCCUCUGUCCAAGAGUUCAUAGAGCGAUGGCCUGGCUUAUUCCGAGAGGAUCAAGUGAAGGAGGAGUUCAGAAGAAUCACAGCCAUUCCACUUGAGGCGACAUUCCUGGGCAAACUUGACCAUUACACACCACAGCUUCUCAAAGUGAUGAGAGCCAAGGGAGGAGUGGCUGGAUCCAAGAUUUGUCCUAUAUUGGAUACUCUGUGCCAGCUCCAUAGUAUCGACCAACAAAGAGAUGCAGUCAUCUGCAGCCUCAUGGAGUACUUUGGAGAAAACAACGACGAGCUGUUUCUAAAAUGCCAGGAGAAUGACCGAAGCAGCCAAUCUCAAACCAUGAAGGUCCUUCUGGUCUACUCUCAAGAUGAUCCAGUGGAUCCAGUGGAUGUGGCACUUGUAAUCGAUGGCACUGAAGUGCUCACUAAACUUGAAAACAAAACAAAGGCAUGUAUACUGCUGAUGGGACUGAUAUAUGCUUUGAAUCUUGAGUACCCACCUAAACUGAAGAAUACCUUUGAUGCUUUUCAGAAGAUAUUCCUUGAGCUUGAGCCAAAAAGGCUUCUAAAUAAGGUGCAAACACUUAGAAACAAAUUGCUGACUUAAGAGAAUGGAUUCGGAUACUUCUUUCAGUUCAUGGUGUUGCACAAGCACUGAGCUUUUUUUCAGAAUAGAAUUACCAUUGUAAGCAAGUUUUACUUUAUGGCUUUAUGGUAUGGAGAAUGGUUAACCUUUGGAAUUUUAAAAAUAUUUGUAUUUUUUAUUUUUAAACUUGAGACUCUUUAAUAUAAAUGUGUAACUUUCCCAGUUGUGGGUGUACUUUGGUACUGACUUAGGAUAAUGGAUUCGGAUACUUCUUUCAUUUUAUGGUAUUGCAC